CGGCCAUCUUGUCAGCACAACCCAACGAAAAGCCCCUAGUAGCUGCCAGAACGAAUCGGAGGUCAACCAAUCACCGAGCGACACCUUAGUUCCCAAAUAAAGCCUUUGACUGCUAAAAUUUUUUAGCCUCUGACUCCUAUCUUUACCCUGCCUUACGCCUGACCCUAACAUUUGGUUUGCCUGCAUGUUGGUAGUUCCAGUUGGGGUCGGCCGCCACGACAGCAUCGGCCCACACAGGCAUAGUGGGGUCGGUCAUGUGGGUUUGGUUUGCAUGUUCCCUGGCUGCGGCCUGGAUGUGCUCCCUCUCCUCAGGGGUGAGGGUAGAGGUGAGGAUUACCUGGAUGUCAUGCCAUGUGAGACUGUAGGCUUGGGCAAGGUAUUGGAAUUCCUUAAUGUAUUGGGUGGGGUCAGCCGAGAAUGACCCUAGCCGCUUUUCAAUGGCGGAUAAGUCUUGGAGGGAGAAGGGGACGUGAACGGGAACCAGGCCUUCAGGCCCUGCCACCUCGCGGAGAGACGUGCCCUUCCUGGACACGACAGGCCUAAGAGGUCAGACUCCUUAAAGCCACCACAGAAGAAGCUCAAAGAGCAUUUUCCCAAAACCAACAUUGCUCAAGUUGCCUGUGGGACGGAGAAGGAGAUCUGCGUGAAACUGCAUUAUUCAGCCUCUCUUGCGACUAAAUUCUAAUCUAAGGAUGUAAGAGGAAAUAACAUAUGCCAUUCCAGACUGAGCCGUAAACGCCUCCCCAGCGGGCUCCUCCGGGCUCUUUCCCACGUUUAGCUGACUGGCCAGGAAAUGGCCUCCCUUGGGAAUGCCCUUGGAAGCCAGGAGUCGAAGAUGGAUGAAUGACUUGUGGAACUGAGGUCUACCUUUUCUUGCUAAAACGGGAAUACCCAUAAUGGACUGUUCACCUCGAACAAGAUAUAAACUUGUACUGUUUUACACCGCUAAAAUUUAGAGGCUUAUUUGUUACGAUCACGAGUAUUACAGCGCUAGUUAAUACGACAGAGUUACAGGGCUUUGGUGAAUGUUGCUGUGAAUGAAGUGACAAGAGGGUAAAGAACAUAAUCCAAGUUCAUAGAUAAGGAAACAGGAUCAGAGACCGAGGUGUCUCGCUCAAAACACCCAGGAAGUAACGUGAGGGGCUGGCCUAGAACUCAGCUAGUCUGGGUCCAAAUUCAUGUUCUUCUGGUGUCCUAACCCACAAAAGGCCAAGUGGAUAAAUGCCAACCUGGUUCCAAGUCUUGAAAACUGAUUAUUGACCAACACACAUCAGAAAAGACAAAUCCUAUAUGAACAAACCAGUACAGAUAUUUGUGUUGUAACUGAUUGGCCUCUAAAUGCACCACUUUCAGAUUUAUUUUAAGCUUUAUUUUCAAUCAGGUUUACUAGAAUUAUCAUGCGAUUGAUAUCCACUAAUAUUCUAGUGCAAAUUAAUAUCCUGUAGGUUAAUCUGGAAUAUUGCUAACAUUCCCCUUCUUUUGAGCAUAUGCUUUAUCUUUCUAAUGAACCCAUAAUAGUAUUUGCCCUUAGCUUUUUACAGUAUCAAAAUUAAGAAGCCAUGAUUUUCUUCUUUCCUUCAAUUUUUUUCCAAAAAAAAAUGUUUUUAUUAUUGAAAAAUCAUUUAAAGAUCAGCCACUGAGCCAAUUUGUCACUGUUGAAGUGACAGGUAAGGAGGUUACAGGUAAGCAUGGGAAAGAGGCUUCAAUGACCCAUGUGGCAAUAGAUUAGGGUUGGAGACAUACAUAAACCCAUGUUUAGUUUAAUCUAGAUACAAAGAGCUAAAUAAAGAACUAUUUAUAGAUAUACACAUGCACAGAUUAGUAUACAGACAGUCCCCAAUUUACAAUGGCUUGACACACAAUUUUUCAACUUUAUGUUGUGCAUUCAGUAGAAACCAUACUCUGAAUGUCGCAAGCCACAUUCAGUAGGAUCAUCUCUCAUGCUAGGCAGCGACACUAAGCCACAGAUUCCAGGUCACCAUGCAGUCAGGAAGGUAAACAACCCAUACGCCUUCAACCAGUUUUUCACUUUCAAUACCAUAUUCAAUAACUUACAUGAGAUAUUCAACACUUUACUGUAAAAUAGUCUUUAUGUUAAACGGCUUUGCCCAACUGUGGGCCAAUGUAAGUGCUCUGAACAUGUUUAAGGUAGGCUAGACUUAGCUAUGGUUUUGGUAGUUUAGGUGUAUUAAAUGCAUUUUGAACUUGCAAUAUUUUCAACUUACCAUGGGUUUUUUAGGACAUCACCCCACUGUCAGCUGAGGAAGAUCUGCACACCCAUGUAUUUCCUUGUUGUCGGUGGCGAAGGUUUAGAAGUGAUGACACCCCAACAGCAAGCAGCACACUUAGCAUCCAGAUCUUUGUUUCUAAUACCAUUGUCUAAUAGACAAACCAGGACUUCUCGAGAAAUGGCUGAUACUCAGACAGAAAAGAUACAAGACAAGCCUGGAAUAUCUUUUAGUGCUGGAAAAUACAGAAUACUUUUUUUUUUUAAGGACCCAAUAAUAAUGAGAUAUGUCAAAGGGAGACAGAGCACCCAGUGGGCAAAGUGGAACCAAUCUGAGCAACAAAGGAAACAAAGUAUUGAAUUCUAAUCCAAGCACAAGAGAAAUAUUUAUAAAUACCCCUAAACCCAUGCUGAUAUAAAAGCGUUAAAUGGAAUGGAAUGGAAUGGAAGAAUAGAAAUCUCAUACAGGAGCAAGGGCUGGGUGGAGAACCAUCAGGGAUAUUAUAGAAGCUAUUGGCCUGGGGGUAGGGGGUGGGGUGCUGCAAACAGACUGGUCUUCAAGGUCAAUUUCAAUUUUAAAGGCUGGAAUUUUUUCUUUUAUCUUCUAUAUAACACCACCUUUAAACUGUUGCCCUUAAUUAACCAUUGCCCCUGUUUCUGAGCUGCCUGCAGUCUCUCUGGUCUUCUAACUGAAAAACUGAUUCCACUAGGAAAAAUAAAACUCAUCUAUUAAGAGGAUGAGAUUUUUCAGCUUUUUUUGUAUGCACACGUGGGCAUAUCUCAAGUAUCUGAUGAAGAGUGGGUCAUUUUACUAUGAUUAAGAAAGUGUGAAUGAAUCAUGUUUUGAAUCCCCAUUUUCUCUAUGAAGUCAGUGCAAAAAGAACAGAAACUUUGGAAAGCAGGUCUCCAGUUCACAACCAAACUUAGAACUUGUCUUCAAGGGUUCUUCACAUUCUUUCCAGAACACUGGGCCUUGUGAAAGGCCCAAUCAGCAAAAAAAUAAAAUACACACAUCCACUUACUAAUAGCAAAGUUUUUGAAGUUGAUGGGAUCUGCAGGUGAGAGUUUCUCAUCUUUACAGGGUUAGGUACUCAGGGAGGAAUUGUACCUGGUGGGAGUUUUCUCUCCUCUGUGGUGAAGGAGACUCACUGUUUUACAUAGUAAACGACGCCAGUGUAUUUCCUCCUAGCCCUGUCACCCUCUUUAUUGAGGCAAAACCUAUGUGAUGGGUGUCCCAAAAUGUUUGUUUCUGUAAUUCCACUCAAGAGAAAACUAGAUAGCCUCUGGGUCUACUUCAUAUCAGAAUAAAUCUGAUGGAAGGGAAAAUGGGGAAAGGGAACUGAAACCAGAAACUAAGAACUUUUUGUUCUAAACUUCAAAAGUACAGGAGGUGAACGUAAUAUUUUAUGGGAAACUACACACUGCUUGUGGAUCUUCACUACCAACCCGCGACACACACAAACACACACACACCAAGCCACAGGCGACUGCUAUUGGCAAAUGCCUCCUCUCCAAUCACCAGAUCAAGGAAGGGAUCUCUAGAGCCCCAACGCACCACCCACAAAUGGGGUCUCUGGCAGCCCUCGGCUGCAGCCUACUAGUCUGGAAUGACGGCGGGAAGGUGUUGCAAGGAAAUCCCUUGCAUGCUUUGUGGUAUGUUAAAAAUGCAGCAUCAUCCUCUCUGCUCUCUUUUUCCUUCGGCAGGAAAGCAGAUUUCGAGGGCACAGGGAAACUGGAGGGGCAAAACGGCUGCUGGCCUCCAGGAGCCCUCGAGCUCCCUCCCUCCACACACCCCCCCCCCCGUACACCCCCUCUCCCCCCCGCAGGCUCUAAUUGCCUUUGCUCCAAUGGGCCAGCAGCACCUUCACCAGUUUCCUCUUCCAUUCACUCCAGCCAGGAGGGAAGAGGGAAAACAAAACUCUAAAAAUAACUGCCAGCGUCUUAAAAAAAAAAGCUUAGCUGCCCCCCCCCCCCACCUCGCUCCCUCCCUUCUAGUCUCUCUCCUCCCCGCCCCCCUCCGCCCCGUUUGGGGCACAUGUCUGCUUCUUACAACACCGAGGCACAUGGUUCCAGUUAGGCACCCAACCCCAUCAGGACGGAGAGGAAAUCCACAUCUGUGGGACGCUCCGCACGGAACCACCUCCAGCGAGGGAGGCCGGGGGACUGCAGCACCGAGAUGAAGGGCUAGACCGAGGGAACGCUGCUCAUGCGACGGCCGGGAGCGCCUGCGAGCUGGAUCUGGUGGAGGAUGCUGCGGCAGGUGCUUCGCAGAGGGCUCCAGUCGUGCUGCCACAGGCUGGGCUUGUGCGUGAGCCGGCACCCGGUCUUUUUCCUCACCGUGCCCGCAGUCCUGACCAUCACCUUCGGCCUCAGCGCGCUCAACCGCUUCCAGCCCGAGGGCGACCUGGAGCGCCUGGUCGCUCCCAGCCACAGCCUGGCCAAGAUCGAGCGCAGCCUGGCCAGCAGCCUUUUCCCCCUGGACCAGUCCAAAAGCCAGCUCUAUUCGGACUUACACACCCCUGGGAGGUAUGGCAGGGUGAUCCUCCUCUCCCCACCCGGGGACAAUAUUUUGCUCCAGGCUGAGGGGAUCCUGCAGACCCACCGAGCCGUGCUGGAAAUGAAGGUGAACCACAAGGGCUAUAAUUAUACUUUUUCCCAUCUGUGUGUGUUGAAAAAUCAGGAUAAGAAAUGCGUGCUGGAUGAUAUUAUUUCAGUGCUAGAGGAUCUCAGGCAGGCUGCCGUCUCCAAUAAGACAACAGCCAGGGUGCAAGUGAGGUAUCCCAGCACUAAAUUAAAGGAUGGGAGGAACAGUUUUAUUGGACACCAACUGGGCGGGGUAGUGGAAGUGCCAAACAGCAAGGACCAGCGGGUCAAGUCAGCCAGAGCCAUUCAAAUCACCUACUACCUCCAGACCUAUGGUUCUGCCACCCAAGACCUCAUAGGGGAGAAGUGGGAGAAUGAGUUCUGUAAGCUUAUGAGGAAGCUCCAGGAGGAGCACCAGGACUUCCAGCUCUACUCUUUAGCAUCCUUUAGCCUCUGGAGAGACUUUCAUAAGACCAGCAUCCUGGCCAGGAGUAAGGUCCUGGUGAGCCUUGUGCUGAUCCUGACCACAGCCACCCUCUCCAGCUCCAUGAAGGACUGUUUGCGCAGCAAGCCCUUCCUGGGCCUCCUGGGGGUGCUCACGGUGUGCAUCUCCAUCAUCACGGCAGCAGGGAUCUUCUUCAUCACCGAUGGAAAGUACAACUCCACCCUGCUUGGAAUCCCAUUCUUCGCCAUGGGUCAUGGAACUAAAGGAGUGUUUGAGCUUCUGUCCGGAUGGCGCAGAACAAGAGAGAAUUUACCCUUCAAAGACAGGGUUGCAGAUGCCUAUUCUGAUGUGAUGGUCACCUAUACCAUGACCAGCUCCUUGUACUUCAUUACCUUUGGCAUGGGUGCCAGCCCAUUCACAAACAUAGAGGCUGUGAAGGUCUUCUGUCAGAACAUGUGUGUCUCCAUUCUGUUGAACUACUUCUACAUUUUCUCAUUCUUUGGCUCCUGUCUGGUCUUCGCGGGCCAACUGGAGCAAAACCGCUACCACAGCAUCUUUUGCUGUAAGAUCCCCUCCGCAGAGUACCUGGACCGCAAACCUGUGUGGUUCCAGACGGUGAUGAGUGACGGGCAUCAACAGACAUCCCAUCAUGAGACGAACCCCUACCAGCACCAUUUUAUUCAGCACUUCCUACGCGAACACUACAACGAAUGGAUUACCAAUAUCUACGUGAAGCCGUUUGUCGUCAUCCUCUAUCUCAUUUACGCCUCCUUCUCCUUCAUGGGGUGCUUGCAGAUCAGCGACAGGGCCAACAUCAUCAAUCUACUAGCCAGUGAUUCUCCGAGUGUUUCCUACGCCAUGGUUCAGCAGAAAUAUUUCAGCAACUACAGCCCGGUGAUAGGAUUCUACAUCUACGAGCCGCUGGAGUACUGGAACAGCAGCGUCCAGGAGGAUCUGAGGAGGCUCUGUAGUGGGUUCACUGCAGUGUCCUGGGUGGAGCAGUAUUACCAGUUCCUGAAAGUUAGCAACAUCAGUGCCAGUAACAAGAGUGACUUUAUCAGUGUCCUACAAAGUUCAUUUUUAAAAAAGCCAGAAUUCCAGCAUUUUCGAAACGAUAUCAUCUUCUCCAAAGCAGGGGAUGAAAACAAUAUUAUCGCUUCUCGCUUGUAUCUGGUGGCCAGGACUAGCAGAGACAAGCAGAAGGAAGUCAUAGAAGUGUUGGAAAAAUUGAGGCCCCUGUCCCUGUCAAAGAGCAUCCGAUUCAUCGUGUUCAACCCCUCCUUUGUGUUCACGGAUCAUUAUGGCUUGUCUGUCACGGUGCCUGUUCUGAUUGCAGGCUUUGGUGUCCUCCUGGUGUUAAUCCUGACUUUUUUCCUAGUGAUCCACCCUCUGGGAAACUUCUGGCUAAUUCUUAGUGUCACCUCAAUUGAGCUGGGCGUUCUGGGCUUAAUGACACUAUGGAACGUCGACAUGGAUUGCAUUUCUAUCUUGUGCCUUAUCUACACUUUAAAUUUUGCCAUUGACCACUGUGCACCACUGCUUUACACAUUUGUACUAGCAACUGAGCACACCCGAACACAAUGUAUAAAAAGCUCCCUACAAGAGCAUGGGACAGCCAUUUUGCAAAAUGUUACUUCUUUUCUUAUUGGGUUGGUCCCCCUCCUAUUUGUGCCUUCAAACCUGACCUUCACACUGUUCAAAUGCUUGCUGCUCACUGGGGGUUGCACACUUCUGCACUGUUUUGUUAUCUUACCCGUGUUCCUAACCUUUUUCCCCCCUUCCAAAAAGCACCACAAGAAAAAGAAACGCGCCAAACGGAAGGAGAGAGAGGAAAUUGAAUGCAUAGAGAUUCAAGAGAACCCUGAUCAUGUCACUACAGUCUGAAGGUGUAGACAAAUGGAUUAUUUUUCUUUUCCAGUAUUGCACAAUGAUGCAGGGAGAGUAAAGCUCACUCCUCAGCUGCUUGGGCUGGCCAGGGGUAACAAGGAAAGUCAGAUCAAGAGUGAAUUGUUCAUGACACAUCAAGGUGUCCACUUCCCGGGGGGAAGAGAGAAUCAAAGAAGAGGGAAAUGUUCUUUACAACCUUGUUCUCCACUAAAGAUAAGUUUGGGGAUGUGAUCUUAGAGCUCUUCCAAGGAAUGGACGAAUGAAUGAAGCGUUGGAAGGCCAAAAGAUCUCACUGCUUUUAAAAAUAAAAUGCUUAAGAAAGAUGGAGAGGAGUAGAAAGGGGGCCUCUAAAUAGGGGAAAAGACAGUAAAUGUCAAAAUUGCCAUGGCGUUUUUCUUAUUUGUGUUUUGAACAGGUUGGUCAAAGGAAACCUAUGCACUUGGGAAGUACAUAUUUAAUCCCGUCUAAACCAAAGGACUUCCCAAUCCAUUUUACGUGUACAUAUAUAUGUAUAUAUACCAUAUAUACAUAUACUUAGAUUUGUCUUUAGUGAACAUUGAUGUUUGUGUAGAAGAAGCUGUCCAUUUGCAGAUGGGCUGGACUUACUCUAGAAAGUCAAACCUGCCUUAGCCAAAUAUAGAUGCAUUGAUGGCAACUCAAAACAACUCAAGUGUUUCAACAGAAAGAGUAUUACACAACUGUGUGAUAAGCGAAAUAAACAGAGACGUGAGUCCAUUAGAUUCUGCAUAUCAUGUCAAUCUUGGAGAUUCUUGCUUUGGAUGACUUCAGAAAAAAACAAAAUCAAAAAUAAAAAAUAAAAAACAUACACACACAAAAGGCAUUUAAACCAAUUACCACAUGGACAAGGGUUAAAAUUUCAUGUUGGAGCUAAAUAGUUGAUAAGGCUUUUCAUUGAGGUCUAAUGGUUCGCUAUACUCGGGAAGGCUGGUUUGGCUGCUUUCAGAGAGCUUACCCACUGCAAAUGAACAUUUUACACAUACUGUCCAUACAUGUAUGUAUAGGGUACACGUGUGUGUGCGUGUCUGUGUGCGUGUGUGUGAGACCGUUGAGGUAUACCAUAGGUACAGUGUUCUCAUUUUAGAUGACGAAUAUAUACUGCCAUGGAAUAUAGAUAAUUAACAUAGGAAAAAGGAGAUCUAACUAAGAAACGUCGUAGAACGAAACAGAGUAAAUGGAUCAUCACCACUCAUCAUGCGCCAUCAACUGGUUCUUAGUGUAAGGAAAAUAUUCUAAUCCUAUAAAGUCUAGUGUGCUCCUUGCAUUAAUAUUUGGAACAUUGACCCAGGCCACGAUCACUAUAGUAGUGGUCACUAUAACUACCGCAAUAUCGUUUUGUAGCUUCUUGCGAUAUCAUUGUUCUUGUUCCCUGGAAAGUGCUCCUCAGCUGGCCCACCCCCUGGGGUGUUCGUAGCUCUCCACGGGUCAUGUUAACUGUAACUGCUGCUGAAUUCUCUCUCAGAACAAGUACCGAGGUAAAUGUUUUCAUUGAGUUAACGUUUAAAACUGCUCCCCAGCAGAUACACUUAGUCUGUUGGGUGCUUACUUGGAUUAAUGCUGUACUUCCUGUCACAGAAAAUUCCUAGAAAAUGCCUUUUCCCAUGCCAACCAGUAAAAUAAAUUAAUUUUCAGGUAGGACUGAACAAAUGUCCAGUGAUGACAAAAACAUUUAGUAAGCUCUUUUACCUGGAAGAGAGCUACUGUUUCCCACCAACUUCAGUUGUAUAUUUUAAUUGAAUUUCAAAUAUUAAAAUCUGGAAACAAAAAGGAAAAAAAAAAGAAAAGAGAAAAAAAAACCUCUUGGACUCAGUUAAGUUCAGAAAAGAGAUACAAACCAUUCCAUUCUGGUUGCAGUCUGGAAAUGAAGUUGAUAGAUUAAUGAAGUAACAAAACAAUAAAACAAGUAUACUUUUCCAGAUAAGGAGUUUACCAGGAUAUUAAGGGAAGGAAGAACUGUCUCUAAAAUGAAAACCAUUUAACGAAAUUUUAUUUUAUUACGUGAAGUUUGUUUUGUCCUACCUUGAGGUUACUGAGUUUCUUUCUAUUAGAAAUGAUUCGUGUCUUCUCACUUGUGUUCAUGUGGGCACAAUAGCAGUAGAUCAAGUAUGCAAAGUAAUUGACAUAAACAUACACAGCUAUUGUUCUCCUAUUCUUUGUGAAAUUCAUGUCACAGAUAACCCUAGCCUUUUGCCUCCUGAACAGCUCUGCUGGGAUGAACUGGUAUUUGAUACUAGUAGACCUGCAGACCAUGAUCUCAUAUCUGAAGUAGAAGUCUCUGAAGAGUUAGGCUUUGAGGGAAAGGAGGGAGAUUCUUCUGCCAUAGUUUACUCACCCUUUGUGAAUAUUUGUUUUACAUCCCUUUCAAAAGAUGGGAAAUAAUCAACGGAGACAUCCCAUUAACUAUUACUCCAUUGUUUGCCCAAGGUGUACCAUUCUCCAUUCAUUUACCAAUUUUUAAAAAGCUUGCCUAUUUGGGUCAUUUUUUUUUCUUGAUUACCUUAGACAAUUCCAUAUUCCAUAUAUGAAGAAGAUUGGCAGUCUGAUUUCUAAAGAACGAAAGAAGCAUGCCAGUUGCCAAAUGCAUGUGAGGACAGUUUGGCAUCUAUUGCCAAACCACCAGGACAAU